UUCAGUCUUACGUUGGAGUCCAUCCUGAAUGGAUGGUUAAAAAUCAAAGGGGGAACAAGUGCUGUGCUGGUGAUCUUAAGAAAGAGAAAAAAAAAGAAGAAUAAAGUGCCUGUGGAGGUUUCUUUUUGUGCUGGUUUAGUUUCUAAGAAAUCGAACGAUUUGGUGUGUGAUCUUACUUGAUCGAGGAUUGAGGAGCAUUUCGGGUGGCUCACAACGGGAGGAGAUCUUCCCGCAUCGGGACAAUGGGAAUGGGAUCCAUUGUCGUCGCCCUGAUGAUCGCAGCUCUCGUUGUGCCUGCGAUCGUCAAUGGGGCUGAACUCACACCGCCCUACUUCAAUCUCGCCGAAGGACGAAAAAUCUACUCAACUUCCACUUGUGGUGUUGACACGGAUGGACCGGAAUUGUACUGUAAAUUAGUGGGGGCUAACACGGAAAAUGAUCACAAUUACUACUCCCUUAUUCAAGGACAAGUUUGCGAUUACUGUGACCCUACAAAUCCCGAGAAAUCCCAUCCACCAGCCUAUGCCAUCGAUGGUACGGAGAAUUGGUGGCAGAGUCCACCCCUAUCGCGAGGGAUGAAGUACAAUGAGGUCAAUUUAACGAUUGAUUUUGGUCAAGAAUUUCACGUGGCCUAUUUGUUCAUCCGCAUGGGAAAUUCCCCACGUCCUGGCCUGUGGACGUUGGAAAAGUCCACGGAUUAUGGGCAAACGUGGAAACCCUGGCAGCACUUCUCCGACACACCAGCUGAUUGCGAAACCUACUUCGGCAGAGAUAGUUUGAAGCCAAUCACGGAGGAUGAUGAUGUUAUUUGUACCACAGAAUACUCCAAGAUUGUUCCUCUGGAGAAUGGAGAAAUUCCUGUAACUCUGCUUAACAAUCGCCCCUCUGCAAAUAACUAUUUCAAUUCGACUGUCCUGCAAGAAUGGACAAGGGCUACCAAUGUGAGGAUUCGAUUGCUAAGAACGAAGAAUCUUCUGGGGCAUUUAAUGUCUGUGGCAAGGCAAGAUCCAACAGUCACCCGACGCUACUUCUACUCAAUCAAGGAUAUCUCAAUUGGAGGACGUUGUAUGUGCAAUGGGCAUGCCGAUACGUGCCACAUUCUCGAUCCCUCCAGCCCCAAUAGGUUGCUGGCGUGUCAAUGUAGGCACAACACGUGUGGCAUUCACUGCAAUGAAUGCUGUCCAGGGUAUGAGCAGAAGAAAUGGCGCCAGAACACAAAUGCUCGUCCCUUCCAAUGCGAACCCUGCAACUGCUUCGGGCACUCAGGGACAUGCGUGUACGAUGAAGAGAUUGACGAGAAAGCCCUCUCACUGGACAUUCACGGGCACUACGAAGGUGGCGGGAAAUGCCUGCACUGCCAGCACAACACUGAAGGGAUCAACUGCAACAAGUGCAAGGAUACCUUCUACAGACCCUACGGGAAGCAUUGGAAUGAGACAGAUGUGUGUCAUCCGUGCAAUUGCAACUACCACUACGCCACGGGAAAUUGCGAAGAGGGUACAGGACGCUGCGAAUGCCGCAAGGAGUUCCAACCACCAAAUUGCGAUGCUUGCUCGUACGGGCAUUUCGGUUAUCCCGACUGUAGGCCGUGUACGUGCAAUCUCAAUGGCACAGAGGGCUACUACUGUGAACCCCAUCAUGGGACGUGCCCGUGCAAGGCUAAUUUUGCUGGGCAAUUCUGUGAAAAGUGCGCUGAAGGGUACUACAACUUCCCCGAAUGUACUCCUUGUGAAUGUUUCCCUCUUGGAUCGCAGAAUUUAAUUUGCAAAGAAGACGGACAGUGUCCCUGCAAUAGCAAUUUUGCCGGAAAACAUUGCGAUAAAUGCAAGGAUGGAUACUACGAAUUCCCCAGUUGUCUCUAUUGCGAUUGCGACAUCAGGGGAACCGUGGAGGAAGUUUGUGAGAAGGAUGGUGGUCAGUGCAUUUGCCGGGAGGGCUUUGCAGGUACCCGAUGCGAUCGCUGCCUUCAUGGGUACUACAACUACCCCGAUUGUGUGCCCUGCAACUGCUCAACGAUGGGCAGUCAAUCCCCAUAUUGCGAUCUCACUGGCAAAUGUCCGUGCAUUACGAAUUUCGCCGGAAGGACGUGCUCAUCGUGCGCUGCGGGCUACUACAACUACCCCGAAUGCCUUCGGUGCAAUUGUGACAUUCAUGGAUCCGAUGGGAGGUCAUGCAAUGCGGAAGGGCAGUGCAAUUGCUUGAAUAACUUCGACGGGAAGACGUGCAAUCAGUGCAAGGAGGGCUUCUACAACUUCCCCGCUUGUGAGGAAUGCAACUGCGAUCCAGCUGGGGUGAUUCCACAAUUCGCCGGAUGUGGUUCAGUGCCAGCUGGGGAGUUGUGUCAGUGCAAGAAGAGGGUAACUGGGCGCAUUUGUGACGUGUGCAAGCCUCUGUAUUGGAAUCUCAAUGUUUCCAAUGCGGAAGGAUGCGAGGAGUGCAAUUGUUUCGUCGAUGGCACCAUUGGGGCACUGGAUACGUGCGACACGAAGACAGGGCAGUGUCCGUGCAAGCCCACCGUGCGUGGGAGGACGUGCAAUGUGUGCAAAGAUGGAACAUUUGAUUUGCACGCUGGUAGUUUGUUCGGUUGUCAGGACUGUGGAUGCGAUAUUGGGGGAUCAAUAAAUGGGGUUUGUGAGAAGUCUUCGGGGCAGUGUUUGUGUCACCCGCGGAUCACGGGGAGGACGUGCAAUCAGCCACUCACUACGCAUUUCUUCCCAACGCUGUAUCAGUAUCAGUAUGAGUAUGAGGACGGGAAGGGGCCGCAUGAUGAAUUUGUGCGAUAUCAGUACGAUGAGAGUAUCUUUCCGGACUUCAGCAAGAAAGCCUACGCCGUGUUUUCGAGCCUUCAAACGGAAAUCUGGAAUGAGGUGCACAUCUUCAAAUCAUCCGUCUACCGUAUUGUCAUUCGGUAUGUUAAUCCAUCGGAUAAGAAUAUUAUUGGCUUGAUUACGAUCACAUCGGAGAAUCCGAGUGAAGUUGAUCAGACGGCUAAGGUCCUGUUCAAACCCACUGCUAGCCCGCAGUUUGUCACUGUUUCCGGGUCGAGGGGAGAAAUCCCAGCACCCGUGGUCCUCGAUCCCGGGCACUACAUCAUCAAGACGAGUAUCAGUGACAUUAUCUUCCUGGAUUACUUUGUUCUCCUCCCGGCUGCUUACUACGAAGCAUCGAUUCUCACGAAGAAGAUCGAGAAUCCGUGCGAAUUUACGGAUUUGAGCCUCUGUAGUCACUACAAUUAUCCGAGUAUUGCUCAAUUCUUCCCUGUCUACCAAUCAUACCCGGAAGAUCCCUCCUCGGUGUCCACUGUGAUCCUCUACAGUGACAUUGAGCACCUCUCGUACCUCAAUGAAGAUCAAAUUCCCGUUCUCAAUGGCUACCAACCGAAGCUUCAUUACGAUCUUACGGUUAAUCGCACGGGGAAGUAUAUAAUUGUUGUGGACUACAUUACUGGGCGGGAUUAUGUUGAGCCCGAGCUGACGAGUGUUAAAAUGCUCAAAGAUGACGAUGAUGGCAUUCUCACCUACUAUCCUUGCCCGUACACAACACCCUGUCGUCAGCCGGUGAUUGAUGCUGAAUCCCGGGAGAAAAUUAUCUUCCUCGAGGCUAAUGCAACACGUACCCUUGUCCUCAAUGCGGGGCGAAAGGAUAUUGGUGUUAAAUCCGUUGCUGUUAUCCCCUGGGAUACCUGGUCCCUUGACUACGUGACCCCAAGUCAAGUUUGCGUAAUGCGCGAUGGUGCCUGCGUACGAGGAUCAUUUAGAACGGCUCCAGAUUCGAAGAAGAUUGAAUUUGAAUUUGAUCGUGAUGACUUGGUGGCUGAACAUCUCCCCAGGAAUAUGUACGACAACAAUACAAAGCUAAUUCAUCUCAAUCCCGAUCAGAGUUCAAUUGAAAUAAAGUCCAAAGUCCCCAGUCCGGGACGAUAUGUUAUUCUCGUGAAAUUCUAUCAGCCAAAUUAUUCAACAUUCAACAUAAAUUACCGUCUUGAUGCUGAUCGGCAGAUGCACGAAGGGAAGUUCCCCGUGAGGCAUUGUCCAUCGAAUAUUGGUUGCAGGGAGUUGAUAAAGGGGGAGGGAGAGUACAUUUGGUUUGACAUUGAAGACUCCUUCACGCUGACACUGACCAAUGUGCACAGAGAUCGUGAUGUUUGGUUGGACUUUAUCUUAGUCGUUCCGGCGGAUCAAUUCAAGGAGUACCUCCUGACGCAGGAGACCUUCGAUCAGACAAAGGAAUUCAUUCAGUACUGUGGUCAGGAUCACUUCCACAUCCACCUCAAUGCUUCGGAUUUCUGCAAGAAGGCCGUCUUCUCACUGACUGCGGACUACAAUCACGGGGCCUUGCCGUGUGCUUGUGACAUUGAUGGAUCAACGAGCCUGGAGUGUGAUCCCUUCGGGGGGCAAUGCCAGUGUGGUCCUCACAUAACGGGCAGGCAGUGCGACACCUGCCGCCUUGGCUACUACGGCUUCCCACACUGCAAACCCUGCAAUUGUCCCAUUUCGGCGCAGUGCCACACAGUAACAGGAGCCUGCAUUUGCCCAAGGAAUAUAAUUGGUGAUCAAUGCGAUAAGUGCGCUCCCUAUGCGUAUGGGUUUGAUCAGGUGAGUGGCUGCUUUGAUUGCCACUGCGAUCCACACGGCGUGAUCAAUGGGAAUCUUCAGUGUGACAUCAACAACGGCAGUUGCUCGUGCAAGCCACACGUUGUGAAUCGUGCGUGCGACAAAUGCGAAAAUGGCUUCUUCAACUUCCCCAAUUGCUACCCGUGCAAUUGCGACGUACGUGGAACAACUUUCGAGAUUUGCGAUCAAACAGAUGAAUCGUGCUUCUGCAAAAAGCACGUUGUUGGACCAAAUUGUCGUGAUUGCGAGGAAGGAACGUACAAUCUGCAAGCUUCUAAUCCCGAUGGGUGUACAAAGUGCUUCUGUUUCGGGAAGACAACACGCUGUGAGAGUGCCUUCCUGCGUCCACUGAACAUCAGCAUCUUCAAGGAUGUCUCAAUUGCAUCCAUUGCUGUGGCACCGGAAGAUGUCUACAUCUACCCAUUGCCCACAAAUGAGCCCCAUGUCCUCAUUGAUGCUCAACGCCUGGAGAUUCAGGUGGAUUUCUCAAAUUUGCAAACUGACGAACUCGGUGUGGUGUACUUUGGGAUGAUUGAUCGCCUUGUGGGGCAGGAUAAUCAUCUCACAGCCUACGGAGGGUACCUCUCGUACAGCAUCCUGUACACAACGGGGCUCUAUGGAAGUGCAAUAAUUGCUCCGGAUGUUAUACUAAAGGGAAAAGAUCAAACUCUCGUGCAUCAGAGCUAUGAACAGCCGGCUAAUGCGCACGUUUUCAGGGGAUCUGUUAAGAUGGUUGAGUCGAAUUUCAGAACAACAAGCGGUGCCCCUGUUACACGUGAACAAUUCAUGACGCUGCUGAAAUGCCUGGAAAUGAUCUACAUCCGAGGAACAUACUGGGAUGGUACGAAGGUUUCCCGACUGUCUGACGUGGCCCUCACAAUGGCAGAUGCAGAUCUUGAGCACUACAAUCUCUACGAAGAUUUAGCCGUGGAGAAAUGCUACUGUCCUGCUGGGUAUCAGGGUCUAUCCUGCGAGGAUUGCGCCCCGGGCUACUAUCGUGAUCCCAAUGGCCCUCAUGGUGGCUACUGUAUCCCCUGCCAGUGCAAUGGGCACGCCAAGACGUGUGAUUACAACACAGGAGUCUGCCAUGAAUGCCUCCAUUCAACUACAGGCGAUCACUGCGAGAUGUGCAUUGAGGGAUACUACGGCAAUGCAACGUACGGCACCCCCUACGAUUGCAUGAUCUGUGCCUGCCCAAUGCCAAUUGAAGGGAAUAACUUUGCAACAAGCUGCGAAGUAUCCGAGGAUGGCUAUCAGAUUCACUGUGAAUGCAAACAAGGCUACACCGGGGCAAGAUGCGAGAGUUGUGCUGCUGGAUUCUUCGGGGAACCCGAGAAGGAGGGACACUUCUGCAAGCCAUGUGAAUGUUCGGGGAAUAUUGAUCCAAGUAUGCCCGGGUCGUGUGAUUCCGUCAACGGAGAAUGUCUUCUGUGCCUCAACAAUACCUUCGGAUCGGCAUGCAAUCUCUGCGCUCCCGGCUUCUACGGGGAUGCCAUAGAUCUCAAGGAUUGCCAGAGCUGUAUUUGCGAUCAAAUGGGAACUGAAUUCUGUGACUCCUACGUAGGAACCUGCCAUUGCUUGAGGAAUGUAAUUGGAGAUAAAUGCGAUCGCUGUGCUGACGAUCACUAUGGCUUUGACUCGGGCUUGGGGUGCAAACCAUGCGACUGUGGUGUUUCAUCAGAGAGCACCCAGUGUGACGAUCACACUGGAGAUUGUCGCUGCAAACCCGGUGUUACAGGACGGCAAUGUGAUCGCUGCCUCCCCGGCUACUGGAACUACACAGCUGAAGGAUGUUUGCCUUGUUCCUGCAACACGGAUUAUUCUCGUGGGCUGGGCUGCAAUGCCCUGACGGGACAAUGCGAAUGUCUUCCGGGAGUUGUUGGGGAGAAAUGCGAUGCCUGCCCAUACCGCUGGGUCCUCAUUCCUGACACAGGCUGCCAGCAGUGUGAUCAUUGUCAUCAUGCCCUGCUCGAUGUGACGGAUUCCCUGAAAUCCUUCCUUGAUCCCGUUGUCCUGGAAUUCGACACGAUCGCCGGAGGUUACUUUACGGCGCAGAAAUUGAAUUAUUUCGACGAGAUGGCUGAUAAGAUUCAACCGGAAGUAUUGGCACUUGAUCCAAAGGGUGUCAAUCUCAAUCCCAUUGUGAAUGCCAUUGAAGAUUUGGAGCAGGAGACGAAGAAUGCCGAGAGGAGGAUCAGCUAUGCUGAGCAGAAUGCAGAUGAUUUGCAGGGAAAGGAGAAGGAUUUGCAGAAGAAGGCCAAUGAGGUGCUCAAUGAGACACGACAGACGGGUCAGAAUACCCAGAGAACCGUCAAUGAGGUGCAGAAGCUCGCAAAUAGCUUCCUUGAUGCCACAGAGGAGACCAACAUUGAUGGGGUGACGGAUGAGGCGAAGAAGCUCCUGGAGAGGAUCGUGGAGUAUAAUGUUGAUUUGGAACCAGCACGGGAGCAAUUGGAUUUGUCACGGUUGCAACUGAGGCACAUUGAAGUGACAAAUUUGCCUGCAACGCUGCAACAGCUCCAAAUGCAGAACUUGCAGAAUGCCACGCUGGACUUCCAGGAUCGUCUCACGGAUGUCUUCAAGCUGGGUACAGCUGCCAAGGAGAAGGCUUUGAUGGCACGAAGGCUCAAUGAUAAGAACAAUCAAGCAAAGAUUAAUUCAAAGUUUGAAACACUCGCUGAGCAAACGAAGGAAGCCCGGAAGCAUCUCCAGGAGGGUCGGCAUAUCCUGCAGAAUGCCUCAAAUGUCAUUAAUGGAAUAAUUGAGAACACCCGGGAGAUUGAUAAGGCCAACUACGAGCUGAAGGAUAUGAAUAAGCUCGUGGAUACGAUUUUACCGGCAAGAGAUGCUGACUACCGCAAUCGCACUGAAAAGCUGAAAAAUGCAGCAAUUCACGCACAGAAUCUCCGCCUAACGUCGCAGGAUCUUCAGGAACAGAUGUCAAACAUUGAGGCAAAUUCAGGCCCUGCCAUUCGUGCAGCAACAGCUUACGCUACAAUCGUUAACACGACAAAUGAUGCCAAGAGAGCUGUCCGGGAAGCCAUAAUGGCUGCUAGGAAUGCAACUGAACUAACAAAUGGCAUUGAAGAUCGUGCUGGACAUUCAGAUCAAGUCGCGCGGGAUCUUCUGGUGAAUGCCCAGAAAGCUCUCAAUGAAGUCAAAGUAGAUCUUGAGCCACGACUCAAUAAAUCCGUCGAGGCAGUACAGAGAAUUCAGAGCAUUAAUCAGAAUAGUGAUGAUCAAGCCACGGCAAUUAAUUUAUCUCUCGAUUCAAUUAUCGGGGCACCAAAGACAAAGGAACUCGAGGAGGCGAAGGAGGCUUCAGAUACGGCCAAUAAGAAGGCACAGAAUUCCCUGAAAAUUCUCAAACCCAUCGUAAAGGCCCUUCCGGAUGAUUUAGUUCGUGCGCAAGAGCUGCCAAAGGAGGUGGACAAGACAAGUAAGGAUAUCACACAGAUCUCCAAUCAGGUGGAUCAGGUGAAGACAAUCGUGCCGAAUUUGGAGCAUUUAGUGGAGGAAUUGGAGCAAAAGCAGAAUGCAACGAAUCUCAUUUCCAGUGAUCUUGGUGAUCGCAUUGGGAAGCUGAGGAAGCAGGUGGAGAUGGCGAGAGAUUUGGCAAAUAGUAUCAAGGUUGGGGUGAAUUUCCAUCCGAAUACAACGUUGGAAUUGAAGACACCACCCAAUUUGCCCCUCUUGGCGUCCAAUACGAAGAUGUCGUUGUUCUUCAAGACUGACAAACCCGACGGCUUCCUCGUUUAUCUGGGCAAUGAGCAGGGAACGGAGCAAAAUAGGCCGAAGCACAAUGAUUUCAUGGCGUUGGAAAUUGAAAAUGGGUAUCCAGCCUUGACAAUGGAUCUCGGUUAUGGGCCUGAGAAGAUCAUUAAUAGGAAGUUUGUUGCUGACGGGCAGUGGCAUGAGGCGAUAAUCGAUCGAACGGGGAAUAAUGUUCAAUUGACAAUCAGGGAGGAAGUUGAAGGUGGAGCUGAGAAGCUUCACACGGUCAAUGAGACUCUCCCGGGGCCGUAUUCAGUGUUUGACGUUGAUAAGGAUAGCAGGUUGUUUGUUGGAGGCUACCCACCGGACUUUGUCCCACAACCGGGACUUGUUGCGAACUCCUUUGAAGGACAAAUUGAGGAUUUGAAGAUUGGUGAUCAAAAUGUUGGUCUGUGGAACUUUGUCGAUGCUCAGGAUAACUAUCACGGUGCCAAGGAGAGGGAUAAGCUCGUGUCCAAGGAUGCUCCAACAACGGGAUUCCGUUUCAAUGGCAACGGCUACGUCAUUCUCGACUCUAAACCGUAUUCCCUGAAAUCUCGCUCCAGCAUUAUGUUCAACUUCAAGGCAAGCAGAGAUACAAAGGAUGGCCUGAUGUUCUACGCAGGGAAGCAUCGACACUUUAUCGCGGUUGAAUUGAAGAAUGGCGAAGUUCAUUUCCAAUUUAAGCUGGGGCAGCAUACAGUUAGCAUGCUGACAACGGAUAAAUUCAACGACAACGACUGGCAUCAUGUUGAGGCGGUGCGUGAGGGACGUAAGGGUGUACUGAAGGUGGAUCACAAGGAAAUGUACGAAGAGGAGACUUACGAGGGUUCUGAGGAUCUCAAGAUAUCCGAUUCAAUGUACUUUGGUGGCUAUCCUGGGAAGCUCAAUCACAGCGAAGUAACAAGUCAAGGAUUUGACGGGUGCAUAGAUCAGGUACACAUUGCUGGCUCUCCUGUGGACCUAAGUAGGAAUCUCAAGGCAUACGGUGUACGUCCUGGGUGCCCCGAUAAGUUCUCCUCUUCACUCACAUUCAAACCCAAUGAACCAGGCUACUUGAGACGUGGAAAUGUUUCUUCAGACAACUUCUUCCAGGUUAAUUUGAAGUUUAAGACAAAACAAGAGGAAGGAGUCAUCUUCUAUGCUGCUAAUCACGAUCAAAGCUCCAACAUUGGACUGGUACUGCACGAUGGACAUUUGAUAUUGACCAGCAACAGAGAAUCCGUUGUUGGACGUGCCCUCAACGAUGGGGAAUGGCAUAUUGUUACAGCAACACACGAUAGUCAGAGUCUUCGGCUUGAUAUUGACGAUGAGAGUCACUAUGGGACUGAUGCUCCGGCUCCAUUGCUCCAAAUAAGCUUUGGGGACAUUUUCUUCGGUGGCCUCCCGCGGAACUUCCGCCUGCCGAAGAAUUCCCUCAAGACAACGGCCUACUUUGUCGGGUGCAUCACAGACGUCACCAUUAAUGGGGAUGUGGUGAACUUUGCUGAAUCAACUGAUCGUACAAAUGCCGUCUUGGCUGAUUGUCAUCCGGAUCUACUGAAUUACGACCUGUGGAAGGUUCCACAUCAUUAUCCCGACGAAGGAGCACCUCCUGUGCCGGAAGUUCCAGCUGUUCCGGGUAGAUUCCAACCAGAUGAUGCAGUGAAUGAGAUUGAUCUUGAAGAGGAACCAACUGAGAAGGAAACAUCAGCUCCACCGGUGCAUGUUCAUUACACAACUGCAAAGCCUACAACAACGUCAACAACAACGACAACUCAGCGGCCAUUCCGACGUCCGGACACCCCUGCACCACCACCACAGACAGAUUGUCGCCUUCCAGCUGAACCAGAAUGGGAUGUAGACUUUGAGGCAGGCUACAGAUUCGGCACAGGACUCAAUACGCGUGUUGAGUACCUGCAGAUGCCGACAAAACCAAAGCGGGCCUACGACUUCUCACUCCAAUUCAAGACAACUGAUCCCGAUGGGGUUCUCUUCUACGCCGCAGACUCCCGGCAUACGGACUUUAUUGCGCUCUACCUGCAAAAGGGGCGUCUGCAUCACAUCUUCAAGGGUGGCGCAGCAACAGUCAACAUGUCGUCACAGUAUGAGUACCACAACAACGAAUGGCACACAGUGUUAUUCUCGCGAUCACACAACAAAGGCAAAUUAAUUGUGGAUGAUGACGAUAUCAGUGGGGGUGAGGCGAGUGAUCAACUUAGGGCAAUGUCUGUGCAUCCUCCGUACUACUUGGGAGGGCUCUCGCCGCAAGUUGUGGAGGAUUCGUACAUAAAUUUGAAGCUGGAGAAGGGCAAGUACUUCCGGGGGUGCAUCCGGAACUUCCAGGCAGCUGGACGUUCCGUGGGGGAUCCGGCAAAACUCGAAGGUGUCAUUCCGUGCUCGGAGCAAGUGGAGCAGGGACACUACUUUGGUGGUGGAUUCGUGAAGCUGCGUGAGAGAUUCCGCGUUGGCAGCGACAUGACCAUUUCGCUGGACAUUAAGCCACGCACGCAGGAUGGACUGUUGCUCAGUGUUCACGGCAGAAGGGCCUUCAUGAUUGUGCAACUCGUGAAGGGGAACAUUAGCUUUGUCGUGGACAAUGGGGAUGGGCCAUUUGAGGCGGUCUUCAAUCCGGAGCCAAAUGAGAAUUUCUGCGAUGGCGAAUGGAGAACAGUGACGGUGGUCAAGUCGAAGUUUGUCAUCACGAUUAAGGUGAACAAGAUUAAUUCAAAACCACAAAUUGGCCCGACAAAGACACCAUCAGCAGACACAACGAGGCCACUCUUCCUCGGGGGGCAUCCCUAUCUUCACAAGAUUCGAGGAUUAACAUCGAGACAAUCCUACUUGGGCUGCAUCAGGAAUGUUCGCAUUCAGGACAGCACGCAGGAGAUUAAUCCCGGCAUGGCGGUCGGCAAUGUUCAAACGGGCAUCUGUUCAACAAUCUAAUAACAAUCUUUCCCCAAUUUUAUUAACAAUUUAAUCAACAAAAGAUGACGACAUUUCUUUGGCAUUUUCUUCUGGACCGAAUGAGUGGACACACUGAUUGGAAUUUUUGCCGGUAUGAAAAAAAACUUCUGUCUUUAACCAUUGACGACCAUUUGGCAUAGAUUUGUGGACAACGAUGAUGCAAAUUUUACUUUUUUUCCUCUUCUUCUUUUUUUCUAUCUAAAUCUCUAAAAAUUAUAUCAAAUUAUAAUUCUUUUUUGUCUAUAAAAUCAGGCGCCUGAUUUAUGGAAUAAUUCGCAUAUUUUAUCAAUAUUUUAUCAACUUUUAUGCUUCUCAUUAUUGCUUUUUAUCUCAGCAUUUAUAUGUCUUCAAGUUUUUAAAAUAAAAUAAAACUGACCACCAGGUCA